AUGGCUCUCCGAGAUAAACGCCCUAAAUGUAUUGGGCUGAGCCCCCGGUUCCGAGACCGGGGCCCGAGCCCUGAAGGUUCUUUAGGCUUGUGCCAGCUUGGCGCAAAGCAAGCAUGGGCAAUGUCAUUUCUGGUUCUAAAGGUACUGGGGCUCUUGCCAAACACUCCGUUGACGAACACCCCCAUGCCGGAAGGAGAAAGUGAUGGUCCUGGAUACAGAGGGGCAUUGGGUGCUCUCCGUCGUAGGCAUUACAAGUCGCUACAGAGUCCUACCGAUUUCCAAGCCAAUGACAACUGA